AUGACCAGCGAUGAUUCUUUCCGAACUGAGCUCCGCAACACCAAGGUGCUUGAAGGCCCAUUCCCAGACCUGGAUUUCGACACGUUCCCAGAAACCCCACACGAUGCUUUCAAGUUGUGGUUCCACGAAGCGGUUUCGGCUGGGGUGAAAGAGCCCCAUGCCAUGACUCUCUCCACAGUUGACAAAAGUGGAUACCCCGAUGCCCGAGUGCUUAUUUUGAAAAACGUCGACGCCCGAGGCUGGCAUUUCGCCGUGAAGGCCGACAGUCCGAAAGGAAAACAACUGCAUAGCAAUGGCCGCGCCGCCUUGACAUUCUACUGGCCGCAAGUUGCUCGACAAAUUCGUCUGAGGGGGAAAGCUAUCGCAUUGUCCGACGAGGAGAGUGCUAUUGACUUCCAAUCCCGUCCACUGGCUUCUAGGAUCAGCGCCGUGGCCUCGAAACAAAGCGAAAUCCUUUCAGGUCGGGGUGCGCUAACCCGCAAUCUUGCCGAAACAGAGACAAGGAUGGCGGAAGACCCCCUUCUGGGUGUCAAGAAAUGGCGAGUCUAUGCCGUCCUGCCUGAUGUUGUCGAAUUCUGGCAAGGGAGCGAUACUCGUCUUCAUCAGCGUCUUCAGUAUUUGUACAACGAGGAUGAGCAUAAGUGGCAGAGGGACUUGCUUUGGCCUUGA